CCCAGCUCAGAACCAAAACAGAGACGAAGCAGCGAGGAAGUAAGCGCAUGCUCCGCUGUGACCCACACACACAACCUCGCUCUGUUAUUGUUACGCGCGGCGUGUUCUGCCCGCUACGACCACAGCGGCAACGAGGAGUCGUAUAAAACCCUUCACAACUGUUAACAACACUCCAGCGAUUCCUCAGACCCGUACAACUGAACUUGUCUGUCAGUGUAGUUCGUGUGACUUAGGACUACCACCACUACAACUACUACUACAGCAACUACAAUUACAACGUCUUUAAAGAUUUACGACUACUACUACUACUGCCAGUAGUAGAAUAGUUGUACAUUUUACGCCUUUGGAUUUUACCUCCGUUGUUCGUCAGCGACAACACUCAAGUGGAGAGGACGUGAAUUUUUCUCACUCUCGGAUAUAUUUAUUUAUUUAUUUAUUUGUAACAACUCAUCGCUUGUUUGUUCUGCUUCUUCUUUCACCAACUCACGACGGAAUACUUUGUGGAUUACAAAACACUCGCCAAGUGGAUAUCAGUGUUUGUGAGUAUGAUUUCACGCAAAAUUGGAGUAGCAAGUCUGUUUUCUUGUACAAUGAGCCAGCCACAGGACCUCGGCCGGGAAGACGAGUACGAGCUGCACCAGCAAAACAUUGUCAACAACAACGUGAACCUCAACCAGACCUUCCACUCCUCACACUUUAUACCACGAGUCAAAAGCUACAAAGAAAAAGAAAUGUUGGAGUCAUAUUAUGAAGUAGAGGAGGUGCUGGGCUCCGGAGGAUUCGGAACAGUGUACGCUGGAUAUAGGCGCAGAGAUGGAUUAGCGGUUGCCAUAAAACAUAUACUGAAAAAGAAGGUGUCGUCAUGGACACAAUUGGCUAACGGCAUGCACGUGCCCAUGGAACUUCACCUCCUUCACCGCGUACAGCACGUGCCCGGAGUGAUCAAACUCAUCGACACCUUUGAGCGACACGACAGCUUCAUCAUCAUCAUGGAGCGGCCUGAGAACGUGAAGGAUCUCUUCGACUACAUCACCGAGCGAGGGCCACUCACGGAGAACGACGCGCGCAUCUUCUUCACUCAGAUCGUCAACAUGGUCCACCACAUCGAGAAGUCUGGCGUGCUGCACAGGGACAUCAAGGACGAGAACGUGCUCGUGGAUUUAAAAACCGGACUCCUCAAGUUGAUCGACUUCGGCUCCGGAACCAUUCUCAGGGAGAAAGACUAUGACGAUUUUGAUGGCACACGAGUGUACAGCCCGCCAGAGUGGAUCUGUAACCGCCUGUACAACGGUCGUCAGGCGACAGUGUGGUCACUGGGCAUCCUUCUCUUCGACCUGGUCAAUGGAGACAUUCCCUUCGAACAGGAUGAGCAAAUCAAGGCCGCUCAGCUCCACUACAAGACAUCUCUCACCACUGCCUGCAAAGACUUGAUCCGCAAGUGCCUUUCCAUCGACCCUCAGCAGCGCCCCACUCUAGAGCAGAUCCUGCAGCAUCCAUGGAUGACCCGCGUAUCCGUGCCGGACACCAGCAACAGGAGAAGGACCAGCCCCACGGGGAAAGUUCUGGAUGUAUCCACAAUGAGCAGUAACGAAAGUCUUUGAUCUACACUGUGGACGCUAGAAACACUUUCUCAAUUUUUAAUUUAUUCAAACACAGGCGACAAAAUGCUAAUGAGACUGUUGUGCCCCUGUAUAGGGCUCCAGUGAUUACAGCUAUGCCACGGAGGGCCAAACCAAUGACCUUGAGGUAUUACACCGCAGAGGCCAAAAGGUUGAUCCCUCGGAGGGUCAAGGUCAUUUGGCAACAACAACAGCAGCA